AUCCAAUCCAUGUCAAAAAUUGGCCACUAAUUUCACAUUUCUCUGCUCUAUAGAACACCAAGCAAAUAGUCAUAGGGCGUACAAUUCCUUUACCAAGUAAGAAAAUGUUUGGUUCAAAGGUUAUUUCUCUCCUAAUUUUACUAAACACCAUAUUUUUCACUUGUGUAUCCUCGCAAAACAUUCCAUGCCCUCCGGCUCCGGCUACUCCGAAGAAGUGCCCAAGAGAUACCCUGAAGUUGGGUGUUUGUGGCGACUGGUUAGGGCUGGUUCAUGAGGAGAUUGGAGCAAAACCCAGCAGCAAAUGUUGUGCAUUGUUGGAGGGUCUUGCCAAUCUUGAAGCUGCAUUGUGUUUAUGUACUGCAAUUAAGGCAAAUGUAUUGGGCAUUGUAAACUUAGAAAUACCAGUUGCCAUAAGUUUGGUCAUCAAUUCUUGUGGAAAGAAGGUGCCUAAGGGCUUUGUGUGCGAAUAGGUUUGUUAUCUACAUAUCUUCUUGCACCAAUUCUAUGUACUUUAUGUAAUUAUUAAUUUGCCACUAAUUGUUAUAGUGUUGAAAAUUUCUUUGAUAA